CCCGGCUUUAUUAUUACCCCUUUCUCCUUCCUCUCCAACCAUAUAAACAAGCCCAUCCCCCCUGUUUCCCUCUUCUCAUCACUUCCUCUGUUCCUCCCCUUAUCCUGUUAUCCAUCUACUACUGCUGCAAUCUAAAGCUCAACCAACCAGCAACAAUGGUGCUCUCCAAGAUGUCCUCCCAAUCCGACGUCUCCGUCCACUCCACCUUCGCCUCCCGCUACGUCCGGGAGUCCCUCCCGCGCUACCGGAUGCCGGAGACCUCCAUCCCCAAGGACGCCGCCUUCCAGAUCAUCAACGACGAGCUCAUGCUCGACGGCCGGCCCAGGCUCAACCUCGCCUCCUUCGUCACCACCUGGAUGGAGCCCGAGUGCGACAAGCUCAUCAUGGACUCCCUCAACAAGAACUACGUCGACAUGGACGAGUACCCCGUCACCACCGAGCUCCAGAACCGCUGCGUCAACAUGAUUGCCCACCUCUUCAACGCCCCGCUCGGCGACUCCGAGGCCGCCGUCGGCGUCGGCACCGUCGGAUCCUCCGAGGCCAUCAUGCUCGCCGGCUUGGCAUUCAAGCGCAAGUGGCAGAACAAGAGGAAGGCCCUCGGCCUCCCCACCGACAACCCCAACAUCGUCACCGGCGCCAAUGUUCAGGUGUGCUGGGAGAAAUUCGCUCGGUACUUCGAGGUGGAGCUGAAGGAAGUGAAGCUGACGGAAGGUUACUACGUCAUGGACCCGGAAAAAGCAGUGGAGAUGGUGGACGAGAACACGAUCUGCGUCGCCGCGAUCCUGGGUUCGACGCUCAACGGCGAGUUCGAGGACGUGAAGAAGCUGAACGACCUGCUGACGGAGAAAAACAGAGCAACGGGUUGGGACACGCCGAUCCACGUCGACGCGGCGAGCGGCGGGUUCAUCGCCCCAUUCCUCUGGCCGGAUCUGGAAUGGGACUUCCGCCUCCCGCUCGUCAAAUCGAUCAACGUCAGCGGGCACAAGUACGGCCUCGUCUACGCCGGCGUCGGGUGGGCGAUCUGGCGGAGCAAAGACGAUUUGCCCGACGAAUUGAUCUUCCACAUCAAUUACCUCGGAGCCGAUCAGCCGACUUUCACACUCAAUUUCUCCAAGGGUUCGAGCCAGAUCAUCGCGCAGUACUACCAAUUGAUUCGAUUAGGGCACGAGGGGUACCGAAACGUGAUGGAGAAUUGCCACGAGAACGCCAUGUUUCUGAAGGAAGGGCUGGAGAAGACGGGCCGUUUCGAGAUCGUUUCGAAGGAGAUUGGGGUUCCCCUGGUGGCGUUCUCGCUGAAGGAUAACAGCCAGCACGACGAGUUCCAGAUCGCGGAGAUGUUGAGGACCUACGGGUGGAUUGUGCCGGCGUACACGAUGCCGGCGGACGCGCAGCAUAUUACGGUGCUGAGGGUUGUGAUUAGGGAGGAUUUCUCGAGGACGCUGGCGGAGAGGCUGGUGCUGGAUGUGAGUAAGGUGCUUCACGAGCUGGAUACUCUGCCGGUGAGGCUUCACGGGAAGGUCGCGGUGGUGGAAGGGGAAUCUGCGGCGGCGGAGGCUGUUAUCGCCGGUGAGGGCCGGAGUGGGGCGGUCAACGGGACGUUUUUGAAGAAGACGGAGAUUGAGACGCAGAGGGAGAUUAUGAUUUACUGGAAGAACUUCGUGGCCAACAAGAAGAAGUUGAAGAACAACAAGAACACCAUUUGUUAGGGGGGAAACGACGGCGUAUUGGGAGCACUUUAUUAAGCUGGUGUUUAUUAAUGUGUUAUUAUUAUACUUAGUUACUGGUUAGGCUUUUGCUAUUGAGCUUAAUUAAUAUCUGUUUAAUCAAUAAUAGAUUCGUUCUGUCGGCAGUCGACUUCAAUUUCCUACUUUUAUCGAAUUUUUUAAAUAUAAUAAUUAAAAAAUGUCUUUUUCCUAAAGCAAUAAUGAUAUUGUACGAGUGGUGGAACUGGGAAUUCCUUAUCUUGCUUGUAUUGUUU